GGGCCGGGCCGAGCCGGGCGCGGGGCUGCGCGGCCGAGCGGGGCGGCCGCUUCCUGCCCGCGCCUCUCGGAGCCGCGGCACCGCAGCUCGGCCGCGCUCGCCAUGCGCGACUACGACGCGGCCACCGCCUUCCUGGGCGAAUGGGGCCUCUUCCAGCGCCUCGUCUUCUUUCUGCUCAGCGCCAGCAUCAUUCCCAAUGGCUUCAACGGCCUCUCCAUCGUGUUCCUGGCCGGCACGCCCGAGCACCGGUGCGUCGUGCCCCGCGGGGCCAACCUGAGCGGCGAGUGGCGCAACGCCAGCAUCCCGCUGGAGCUGCGGGGCGGGCAGGAGGUGCCGAGCCGCUGCCGCCGCUACCGCCUGGCCGCGCUCGCCAACUUCUCGGCGCUGGGGCUGCGACCCGGCUCCGACGUGGAGCUGGAGGCGCUGGAGCUGGAGCCGUGCCUGGACGGCUGGGAGUACAGCCGCGAUGUCUAUCGCUCCACCAUCGUCACCGAGUGGAAUCUCGUAUGUGCCAACGACUGGAAGGGACCCCUGAGCACCUCCCUGUUCUUUGUGGGUGUCCUGCUGGGAUCUUUCAUCUCGGGACAGCUCUCAGACAAGUUUGGCAGGAAGAAUGUGCUGUUUGCAACUCUGGCAAUGCAGACUGGCUUCAGUUUCAUACAGGUCUUCUCUACCAGCUGGGAGAUGUUUUCAGUGUUGUUUGUGCUGGUUGGCAUGGGACAGAUAUCUAACUACGUGGCAGCAUUUGUUCUUGGCACAGAAAUCCUUGGCAAGUCAGUCCGUGUGCUGUUCUGCACGCUGGGUGUGUGCAUCUUUUACGCCUUUGGUUACAUGCUGCUGCCCCUGUUCGCCUUCUUCAUCCGGGACUGGCGGAUGCUGCUGCUGGCACUCACCCUGCCCGGGCUGCUCUGCAUCCCGCUCUGGUGGGUCAUUCCAGAGUCUCCGAGGUGGUUGAUCUCCCAGGGGAGGUUUCAGGAGGCAGAAGACAUCAUCCGAAAAGCUGCAAAAACUAAUGGCAUUACAGCCCCAGAUGUAAUAUUUGACCCUAGUGAGCUACAAGAUGUGAAUUCCCAGAAGCAACAGACAUACACCAUUUUGGAUCUAAUGAGAACUCGAAAUAUCCUAACUAUCACAAUUAUGUCAGUGCUUCUUUGGAUGAUAAUCUCAGUUGGCUAUUUUGGACUUUCUCUUGACACGCCUAACUUGCACGGAGACGUGUAUGUGAACUGCUUCCUCUCAGCAGUGAUUGAAGUCCCAGCCUACAUCAUCUCCUGGCUGCUGCUCCGCAACCUCCCCCGACGGUACUCAAUGGCUGCUGCGUUAUUCUUGGGAGGCUGUGUUCUUCUCUUCAUUCAGCUGGUGCCUUCACAUCUCCGUGCACUGUCUAUUCUACUGGUGAUGUUGGGCAAGUUUGGAAUCACAUCUGCCUUCUCAAUGGUUUAUGUUUACACGGCUGAGCUCUACCCAACAGUAGUAAGAAACAUGGGAGUUGGAGCAAGUUCCAUGGCCUCCAGACUGGGCAGCAUCCUCUCACCUUACUUUGUUUACCUCGGUGCCUAUGAUCGAUUCUUGCCUUACAUCCUGAUGGGGAGCCUGACUGUGCUGUCAGGAAUUCUCACACUAUUCCUGCCUGAAAGCUAUGGCAUGCCUCUUCCUGACACCAUUGAUCAAAUGCUGCGGGUGAAAGGGUUGGAAUACAGGCCUCCAUCUAGUAGCACAAGAGAUUCCAAGGAGGAAGAAGAAAAUCCAGAGAUUUUUAAAAGCACAGCUUUUUGAUGGAACUCCUAUGUCUUUCCUGGUGGACUGAAAGUUAAAUGGACUUUUCUUCUAAAAUUUAUUCUAGAAAGGGCUAGUAACAACACUUUGUUUUCUGUAAUUUGAACCUUAUUUAUUAAUUUAAACAACGUAUUCCCUACAUUCUCUUUUUAUAUAAACAUACUUUCUAGCCUUCAGUGAGAUUUUUUAGCCACGGUUCAGUUCAUGCAGUAGUACCAUGGAGCAGAAUCUGAUCAAUCUUUUGUAACUUUACACGUAUAGUUCAGCUGAAAGAUACUUGAAAAUGAGUUCAAGGGCUGGCAGGGUGCCUGGAUUCUUCAGGGAACCUCCUCCAGUGCUAAUGCUUACAUCAAGAGGUAAAAUUUGCCUGAAAAGGUUGCUCAUUGCUUUUGGUUCCUUGACUUCUGUUUCUGGACAGGAAACUUAUUUAUUAUAGUGAAGGUUUAUGACAACAUGCCUCUCUGUGAUCUUACUCAAAUGACUUUGCACGUGCUGAAUUUGUUACCAAAUUGAGAAAGAUGCAAAGAAAGAUUUUGAGAAUUAAUUCUAACCUAUUAUGUUUUAACUCAGCAUAGACUGAAAGGAUUGUCUUGCACAAAGUAUUUAGCACUGAAAUUUUGUUCACAAAAUUCACUUGAUUCCAAUGCUGGAUUUCAACUGUACCUUCUUGGUGAAGUUGUUUACAUCUGACCUUGGAUAUGGCCUUUUUUUCAGGCUGGAUUUAUUCUAAAUAAUGCAAAUGGUUUCACCUGUGUGUAGAGGGAGUAGUGUUAGUUUGGCAUUCUCCCUUUUCAAUGUGUGGUGUAAGUUUUAUGUGUAAAUUGUUUUAAUGUUUUCUGUGCAAUUUGGUUGAUGGAAACAAUUCUCCUGUCUUUGUUCUGUGUUUUUCCCACUCAUAUACACAUGCACACAAUUAAUAUAUUUAGUUGUAAAUUUGUAUAUUAAAUCAUGCCACUGCAGUGACCUCAUGGUGGAAUGUACUGAGAACAAAACUCAGAAUGUAUCUCUGACCCCUGAUUUUCAAUCUUCAAGUGUCAACUAUAUGAUUGCUGUGAGGUCUUUUCAUUCUAAGUUAAGAUUCACUUAACUUACGUAAUCAGUGAAUUGCUUUUAAAUUGUUCAAAAAAACCCAACAAACCCACAAAUCUUGUUGAUAGUCUGCCAAGAAACUGUCCUCGUGCUAUGGAAGUUUGGCAUUACCUGUGUUUCUUUAAAUAUACAAUAUAUAUAUAUAUAUGUACACAGAGUCUCAUUUGUGCUAUGCUGGUUACAGUGUGACAAAUGUGAGUGGCGAAAGGUUUCUCUCUCAUGGCACUUGUGUUUUGUUCUGUCUUGUUAAAUUAAGACAAUAAUAAUAAACAGCCUAAACCUUUGUA